CUGUGUAUUACAUUCUCCUGAGCAGUUGUUAUAAACCACAGUAGCAUGUUGUCUCCUGAUUUGCUGCAUUCACUUAUCUUGCUGUGUUCAGCUGGCUAGUCAUGUGGGGGUUGAGCUCAUCCCACACAAUGACAUUGUGCUGUUUGGGGACUUAGUGGAGGUGACUGUAACAGCUGGGGUAUUUGCAGCUCUGUCUCUCUGGUUUCUUCCUUCAUGGCUGUGGGCUUUGUCUUCUCCAGAGUGCGGUGAGGUGUGAGGCUUUGUGCAGGCCUUCACUUUGCAGAUUGUCACAUCUGUCCUCUUCCCUAUGGCCAAGGGAAGUUUCUAAGAUACUCUGGAGUCACUGGUGAGAAACAGAUUCCCUUUCAUGACCAAGAAACUUGCCUGAAGACCUGUCAUUAGAAGAGCGAGAAGAACUUUUGGACAUUCGUCGAAGAAAAAAGGAGCUUAUUGAUGACAUUGAGAGACUGAAAUAUGAAAUUGCAGAAGUGAUGACAGAGAUUGAUAACUUAACUUCAGUGGAGGAGAGUAAAACUACUCAGAGGAACAAGCAAAUAGCCAUGGGAAGAAAGAAAUUCAACAUGGACCCCAAAAAGGGCAUUCAGUUCCUAAUUGAGAAUGACCUGCUGCAGAGCUCCCCGGAGGAUGUCGCCCAGUUUCUGUACAAAGGAGAGGGCCUGAAUAAGACUGUCAUUGGAGACUACCUGGGUGAGAGGGAUGAUUUUAAUAUCAAAGUUCUUCAGGCUUUUGUUGAGCUUCAUGAGUUUGCUGAUCUCAACCUUGUCCAAGCCUUAAGGCAGUUUCUAUGGAGCUUCAGACUUCCUGGAGAGGCACAGAAGAUCGACCGCAUGAUGGAGGCCUUCGCAUCACGAUAUUGUCUGUGCAACCCUGGUGUCUUCCAGUCCACAGAUACAUGCUAUGUGCUGUCCUUCGCCAUCAUCAUGCUCAACACCAGCUUGCACAACCACAAUGUGCGAGACAAGCCUACUGCUGAGCGCUUCAUCACCAUGAACCGAGGCAUCAACGAGGGUGGGGACCUUCCCGAGGAGCUACUGAGGAACUUAUAUGAAAGUAUCAAGAAUGAGCCAUUUAAGAUCCCGGAAGAUGAUGGGAAUGAUUUGACACACACAUUCUUCAACCCAGACCGAGAAGGCUGGUUGCUGAAGCUGGGGGGGCGUGUGAAGACCUGGAAACGGCGCUGGUUCAUCCUCACAGAUAACUGCCUCUACUACUUUGAGUAUACUACGGACAAGGAGCCCAGGGGGAUCAUUCCACUGGAGAAUCUCAGCAUCAGGGAAGUAGAGGACCCUCGGAAACCGAAUUGCUUUGAGCUGUAUAAUCCCAGUCACAAAGGGCAGGUCAUCAAAGCCUGCAAGACAGAGGCAGAUGGCCGUGUGGUGGAGGGGAACCAUGUUGUGUACCGGAUCUCUGCCCCCAGCCCUGAGGAGAAGGAGGAGUGGAUGAAAUCCAUCAAAGCAAGCAUCAGUAGGGACCCAUUCUAUGACAUGCUGGCCACGAGGAAAAGGAGGAUUGCCAAUAAGAAAUAGGUAAAUGCCGAGCCCCAGACUCCACAGCAGAUGUGCCGGCUACUCACAAGCAGCAGGACAAGUGGGCAGUGUGGUGCCCAUGUGUCUCCAGAACAGGUAGCCAAGGCCCAAGCCCUGAAAGCCUCGUGCUGUCCUCUGGGAUGUUGGUCAGCUGUGUUUUCCUGCCACUUCCUGCCAUUGACCUUUGGGGACCCUUGUCCACACAGCACCUGGUGACACACCCUCAGGACCUGCACAGCCCACAUGGGACUCCUUUUCUGGAGCCAGAGCCUCAUCCACACCAUGCCACACCUGCUCUUUUGGGCAGCACUAGCUGUUCUAGAAGUCGCUGUUUUAUAUCAAAAUGGGAAAGGAAAACCUACCACUUUUUUACAGAAAUUUUCUCAGAUAUAUAGGAUUAUAGCUUUUAUAUGCCUUUUUAUAUUCUGGAAAUUAUAAUGAAAGAUACUUAAUUUCUAACAGUAGUAUUUUUAGAAUGGCAGCUAUAAACUUAACUCCUGGACGCAAGUAUAUACUGUGCACUGAGCACAGUCUAUAUAUGGAGGCCCCAAGCACUUGAGUUGGAGCAGCUGGGGGCCUGAUGUGUCAGGUGGGACACAGGCAGCCACUGUGGUGACAAGGCACUGGGGUAACCCUGAGGAACAGUAUGGGAGACUCCAGGUGUGGCUAACUGCCACUUCCCCUCACGUGCUUCUCUAAGUCACUGAAAUAUGGUCUGGCUCGGGAUGUUUAUCCGUCAGUGUUGAGGCCUGGGAGAUGAGUCCUUUCCCUGGAAACAGGCUGUUUGUGUGUAGAACCACAUGAAACUGACCUUUACACGUGGUCCACCUGCACUUUUGUUGCUUGCUGUUUCAUCCUUUUGGGUAAGUGCUCACUGACAUAGUUAUCAGAUCAGUAUUUGAUGCAGCGACUAGACAUGAACAGCCACAAGUAACCCACCUAUCCUCUGGUAGUGCCAGGCUCUCCAACAUUUGGCACCCCUUUAGAGGGGAAAAGCUGACGAUGGCACUUAGGGAAGCCAGUGGCACAUCGAACCCUAUAUAUACCAGGUGUGAUUUCAGGGUACUGUAUGCUUGGGCUGAGAGUGGUCAGGGUGAUCGGGCCUUUUCUGUUGCACUUCGGGGGAGGCCCCUUCACAAUUUGGAGGCCCCUCUUGGGGCUACAAGGGGCUUGUUUAGAAAACGGCCUUCCCUGCCUAACUGCAUCCCCGAGCUGUCUACGUAGACAAACCUGGAGCUUGCAUCCCAAGGGUCUUUGAAUGCACUUAGAGGUGAGCUGUCUUUGAGGCUCAGCCUCAGAGGUAGCUGUCACAUAAGAUUUUUUUUUGGAGGGGGGCAGGAGGGUAUGUCAAGGUUCAUGUUCCAGAAUGAUCACUUUUUGUUUAUUCCCAAACUUCUUGGCUUUUAUUUUUACUAAUACCUCAGAUCUGAAAACUUUGUCUGAGCUUCCCGGCUGGUGUGUAUGCAACUUGGCUUGCAGUCUUCCAUGAUCCCUACCCCCAGCCUUCACCACCUCAGACCACAACUUGCUGCUGGUUGGGCAGCUGUGUGUGAGUGUGUGUGUGAGGCGGGGACUGGCAUGCCUCCAUCAGGACUCUGGUUAGUCUGCUUCUCAUGUCCAACCCUGGUUAUGGUCCUGGGGUUACAGCUCUCUUUUGGAUGUUGAAGAUGUUAAGCAUGAGGCUACCUGAUGGUGUCUUUGAGGGGACUUUGCCUUAUGGCUGUUGGUGCUAAGAAUCCUAAGUUACUGGCUCUCAGAGUAUCCAUAUGGAGUCACCUAACUCAGGUUAUGUUGUGACAGUAUUAACCCCAAGGGCAUCUGGCCACUUCCAGGGCUUGCAAAGGCUCCGUCAUACUCAUGCCCUUUGUCUGCACUCCUCAAAGCAUUAAGUCCUACUCUGGCCAAAGACAGUUUGCUGUCCUGCUGGGCCCUGGUCAUCAUUUUCAGUUGUAGGUAGACUGGCUCUGGAGGUGUCAGAACACUUGAGUCCCACAGUCUACCUAGGAGCUGUUUGAGAUACAGCAACCUUCUAUGCUUUGUGUCAUACUGAUUUUCAGAGCUACAGCUGUGCUUUGCUGACAAGUUAGGUCUGUUACAGACGAAACACAAGUGAUUUUUUUUUAUCUUAGAAAACAUUUCUAUUUACAAUAAAUAGUUGCUAUGUAAAUAAUGUACAUAUGUAUUAAUUUUCUGCAGUGUUUGUUAUACAAUGUACAUAUUCCUACAACCUGCAUGAAGAAAUAUCCUAAUAAUGUUAUCAGAAUAUCUGGCUGUUUUAUUGCAAAGCAAACAGCUAGUAAAAUGGAGGGCUUACAGCUGUCAGAACUUUUGCAAAUACUGUGUUCCCUAAAUAAAAACAUACUGCUAAAACAAAAA